AUGGCUCUGCUCGACAAGCUGCCGGGGGACCAUCUCAACCUCUACAUCGGGGGCCUCUUCACCCUCCGCCGCCGCGACGCCCUCCGCACCGCCAACAUCACCCAUGUCCUCUCCGUCCUGCGCCUACCUCUCGACAAGGCCCUCUUCGACCCCUUCCACCACAUGGUCGUCGAGGUCGAUGACGUCGACGACGAGGACCUGCUCCACCACUUCCCCAAUGUCAUCCGCUUCAUCCAGGCUGGCCUUGACGCCGGUGGUGGCGUCCUCGUGCACUGUGCCAUGGGCAAGUCCCGCUCCGCGACAUGUGUCAUGGCUUACCUGAUGCACAAGUACCGCAUAUCUCCCGCCGAGGCCCUCUCUCACGUGCGCCUGGCCCGCUCAAUCUGCGAGCCUAACGACGGUUUCAUGAAACAGCUCGAGAUCUACCACCGCAUGAACAUGACUGACAACGUCGACGAAUCCCCCGAGUACCAGCGCUGGGUGUACCAGCGCGAGGUCGAGUUCAGCCGCGCGUGUGGCCAAGCCCCCGAGGCGGACAAGAUCCGGUUCGAGGAUGAGCACAACAAGGAAGCCCAGGCUGAGCUUGAGCUGCGGUGCCGUAAAUGCAGGCGCCCUUUGGCGACCUCGGCUUUCAUCACCCAACACCCUUCGGGCGAUCAUGCCGGCGCGAGGCCCGUCGCCUCCAACUGCUCUCACUACUUCAUCGACCCGCUGUCCUGGAUGAGGCCCGAGCUCGAGCAAGGGAAGCUGGACGGCCGAUUCGAGUGCCCCAAAUGCAGGACCAACGUCGGAAAGUACGCGUGGCAAGGCAUGAGAUGCAACUGCGGCGACUGGGUAGUCCCCGCUAUCAGCUUGGCCAAGGGACGGAUAGAUGAAGUGCGCAAGCGCGCUGGCACCACCGAGCAAGCCGCGGGCAUCAGACGGCCUCCGGGCCUCGCGCCCACCGCACCCUCAGGUGCCGAGACAAGCAACAAACCCCCGGGCUUGGGCAAUCUGUAG